GGGUAUCUGCUUAGGAGAGACUGAGCAGAGGCGGGAAAUGGCGCCUGGUAACAGCGGUGUGUCAUCCGAAGACGGUGCUUGAGCGGUAGAUACGCGGACAAACUACAAGCUAAUUGCAAAAAAAAAACAACUAGUGCCUGUGUUGCGAUGGUUUAUCUGCCUUGAAUCGUUAUCUGUACUACAUGCCGCGGGUCACAUUCAACCUUUCAUGUGACUGCUGAAACGAUGAAGCUGAGAAUGCGUAAGGCGUCUCAGCAGCCGAGCCCAACUCUGGCAAGCCGCUCGUCCCGAACCAAGAGGAGGCAUUCAGAAGUUGAAGAUGACCCACCUACCACAAAACGAAGUGGAUUGUUUUCCACCAUCAAGAAGUUUAUAAGAGGAAAUACUGUCAAGAUACAGCAGGAAUGCCCAGCCAAGAAAACUCGCUUCCACUGUGAUGUGGACAACAACCUCAUCACAUCAUCCCCUUCGAUCACCAACACACCCCGGAGGACGGUUAGCAGAGUAGGAAAGAAAGGCUCUGUCAAUGGAUAUGCAACCAACCACGACAGGAGUAAGAAGCCCAAUGGUAGUUUGGAGGAAGCAUCUGCUGUUGAAGUGACUGCCAGCCCCCCAAGAACAACCCUGCUUGGCACCAUCUUUUCCCCUGUUUUCAACUUCUUUUCCCCAGCUAAAAAUGCCUCCUCAGGCUCCGACUCCCCUGAUCAAGCGCUGGAGGCGGAAGAAAUAGUCAAGCAGCUGGAUAUGGAGGAAGUGGUGGAGAUGCCCAGCAGCACAGUUACACAGGAUGUGUGUGCCACCACUCACUUCUAUUCCAGCGUCUCACACCUGCCAUCUUUACGGCCUCCCCACAUGCUGGAGGCAUCUCCCACCAUAGAUGAAGCAGAGCUUGAAGCUGAUGCUGACCUUCCCCCUCUCACAGCUCCAGGUGCCAGUCCUGAAAUGACGUACGUGGAUGUCCCUCCCCCUGCGGUCCCACCAGAGGUUUCCUAUGAGGAAGACUGGGAAGUCUUUGACCCGUAUUUCUUCAUCAAGCAUGUCCCUCCACUGACGGAAGAGCAGCUGACACGUAAGCCAGCAUUGCCACUGAAGACGCGCAGCACGCCGGAGUUCUCUUUGGUCCUCGACCUGGAUGAAACGCUGGUUCACUGCAGCCUGAACGAGCUGGAGGACGCAGCUCUGACCUUCCCUGUCCUCUUCCAAGAUGUCAUUUAUCAGGUGUAUGUGCGUCUGCGACCGUUCUUUAGGGAGUUUCUGGAGCGCAUGUCUCAGAUCUACGAGAUUAUUCUUUUUACAGCCUCUAAAAAGGUGUAUGCAGACAAACUGCUCAACAUCUUGGAUCCUAAAAAGCAGCUAGUAAGACACAGGUUAUUUCGUGAGCAUUGUGUCUGCGUCCAGGGAAAUUACAUCAAGGACCUCAACAUCUUAGGCAGAGAUCUGUCAAAGACCAUCAUUAUUGACAAUUCACCGCAAGCCUUUGCAUAUCAGUUGUCCAAUGGGAUUCCCAUAGAGAGCUGGUUCAUGGAUAAGAAUGACAACGAGCUGCUGAAACUCGUGCCCUUCCUGGAGAAGUUAGUUGAGAUGAAUGAGGACGUGCGACCACACGUUCGGGAGAAGUUCCGCCUUCAUGACCUUUUACCUCCAGAUUGAACUCUACUCGAUGGCUCUAGCAAUGGGACAGCAGGAAGACUGAAAACAUGCUUGUAAAAAGCCUCUUUGGAUUACAAACUACAACAUUGCCAUUACUUUUAAAAAAUCUGCCUUUUCUUUUCUUCUUUGUUUUUAUUUUUUAAAUCCACAGUUGCUUUAAGAAAAAAAAAAGAACUUUUAAAGGAAGCAUUUGUAAAGAUCGGGCUGUCAUUUUUUAAAAGAAUUUUAAAUGUAAGCGUACUAAAAGAACUGGACCCAGCUAGAGCCCCCGUGUUUUUGAGUGACUGCUGUGGAGCCAGACACCAGCUCCACACUAAAUUCUAAGUCUUUGGUGCUGGUGUUUUACCUACGAAAGAUUCUGACAGCCUCCACACCCGAGCCCAUCCCCCGGUGCUGACUCUGUGAAUAGUGACGGACAUAGACACUAUAUGGAUACCGAAGACAGAAGGUUUCCUGGAAGCGACUGACCUGUAACUCUGUGGUGUGGAUGUUUGACUCCCUGACAUGACCACAUUGAAAUGCUUAGGUAAGCCUACGAUCUGUAGCUGUUGAAAACAUAUGCAUUCCUCUGUAGCUCUGUCAAGUUUCUAACGUUGGUUCCUUCUGGUUAAACUGGUCUUUUGAAAAAAAAAAGUGUGAGGAUGGAAGGAAAAAAAAAAGGCAUAAAAAAUGAUGUUUCAAAGGUGUUUUCCAAACGUUUGUAAAAUGUAUUUUAAGAAGGGUUGUGUGAGUUAUGUUGUAGUUUUCCUUUUUUUCGUUUUUAAAGGAACAUGACUCAUCACAGUCCAACGCAUUCUCAAAUCAAGCCAAAUGAAAACCGGAUAUUUGAGUAAAAGGAGUUAUUCUAACGGAGCGUUGAAUCGGCGUGUUUCCUUCUUUGUGCACACAAUCAUUCUUGAGUAUCUUACCUGUAAAUCUGACAUAGUGUUAUGGUUAGAGGGCAUUCAUUUUCAAAGUGACGUGUCAACAUCCUUUUCUUUUUUAAAUAGUAUUUUAUUUGUCGUCUGUAAUCAGUAUCCUUCUCCUUAUCAAGUAUUCUUGCUAAAGUGGCUGAGUUUUAUUUUGAAGUUGUACUGUGUACUUUGAUGGAUGUACGAGUAGCAUCAUGAUUUAUGUAGCACAUUUCUGGCAGUCUGUAAUAACGUUUACCUUUUAGACAUUGACGGCCAGAUUCCAUAAGAGACGCGUCUGGCACCAGCAGCUUUUCAGUUUCUGCUUUCUCUCUGACAUUCUUUGAGUUAUUACAAAAGAAUGGAAUGGUUUUACCCCUCAAGAUGUUUUUAUUUUUUCUCUCCUCUUGUUCUGUUUUUAUGCUCAAUUUUAACUCAUGAGUAGCAGAUAUCUUGAUGUGCUGGUGGGGCCCGUGAAGCCAGAAUUUGGGCAAUCAGGACAUAAGAAUGAUCUUUCCUGUUAGGUUGUCAGCACUCCAACCCUGGAGAGUCGGCUUCUAUUGCUGGUUAGUUUGGAGCCCUUUUGAGUUGGAUCAAAGUGCAUUUUUGGGUCAAAGUAAAUGUGUUUGGGUUGGUUGUACGAUGCUGAAAAUAACUUUGUUAUGGACUUGUUCGCUUUACAAGACAAUUUGAUAGUGACAAUCAUAAAUUGGAAAAUCUACACUUUUUAAAGUUGUCACUCCCACGUCCUCCCUUUUAUUCAUUGGUUUGCCAUGAUUCCAUGAAGUUUUGGUAAAGGCUUCUUCCUGCGUUGCCCAAACAAUUCUUAUUUGUCAUUAGCACAGUAUCCGCUUAGACAAAGGUUCUCUAUUCCGUUCUCAUCUGUAUUUCCGGUUGCGAGGAGCUGUUUCAUAAGUUAGAUUUUUGAAGAAGAAAAAAACCAAUUUAAAAAAUGGCAAUGACUUAUGGGCACAAUUAUAUUUGCUCACGUGGAAUGUUUUUAAUAAAAAAAAAGAAAAAAAAACCUCUUCUGACUAUGAAUGUAAAUUGUACUUGGGGUGAAGCGCAAGUGUCUUUGCAAAUUAUAAAGCUCUCCUGUCAGCGCAGUCUUUUUGUCCUUCCAUAUUUAAUUUCCCCCCUCCAGGAAAGUUUUACAUAUUCUUCAUCCAGUUCAUUUUAAUGUGCAUUACAAGUUUAUUGUACAUUAAGAAUUGUACAAUACAAGCAGCUCCUUGUUUAAAAAAAUCCUUUAAGAUAAGGAAAAUCUUCCUAAUUUUUUUUUUCUUCAAAAGGCAUGACAUAUCUACUUUAAAUGUAUUAACGAAGAUUUGUUUUGUUUUUUUCCCUUGAGAAUAUUUGUAUGUUUAGCUCAGUGUCACUGAACUGUUAGACGUAGCAUGUAGACAAUACGGCUUGCUUUGUUGGAAAGUCGUGAAUUCAAUUUCAGUCAUGGCGCUUCUUCUGCAGAAAAGGGGCGCUCGUGCUAAAGAUUUUCCUUUUAUUUUAAUACUCUGAAGUCUUUUUAUCUGCAAGACUCGCUAUCUGUGCUCAAGAUGUAUUUAAAAAAAUGUUUUAAGACAUCUUUGUUAUCUGUUAGGCUGUAUGCUCUUGUAUAGUGUGUAUAUAUAUAGUUACAAUGAAUUUCUGAAACAAAGUUUUAAAGUAAAAAAAAAAAUCCUGUUCUGCA